UCCUACAUGAAGAAGAAAAAAACGAUUAAACGAAGAAGAGCAGCAGUAAUAUGGUUGUUCGCUGUUAUUCGCUGCUCAGCAGUUUGCUGUAACUUACAGGCUGUAAGCUGACUGGCUCCACUGAAGAGAUGGAUGUUGUAGGAGGAGAAGAGUGUUCUGGGGUGCAGGAGGAAGCUGCAGCAGCUCAACAAAGCUUUUCUUGGGCCCCAUCAGUUUCCACAGAUCCGGUUUGGGCUCUUUUGCAGCAAGCAAUCAAACUGAAAGCAGAGGGCAAGGCUUUCUACCAAGACAAGAAAAUCCGCUCGUCUAUAAGUCGUUACCACCAUGCUCUGCUGAUUAUCCGGAGCCUGGAUGCUGAUGUGAUGACCUAUGUGAAACAGUUUGGUCCAGAGAGGCCUGCUCUCACACCCGAACAGUAUGAGCUGCUAAGAAACACACAGGUGGACUGCUACAACAAUUUAGCCGCCUGUUUAUUGCAGAAGAAAGAUGUUGACUAUGCUCGUGUUCGCGAUUAUAGCCUGCGUGUGCUGCAGUGGCGACCAGGAGAUGUGAAAGCUCUGUACAGGGCGGGAGUGGCCACUCUGGAACUGGGAGAUGCAGAGACUGCGAAGAAGCAUCUUACACAGGCUUGCAGGGAGCAUCCAAAUGAUGCCAAUGUGAAGAAGCACCUGCAAAGAGCUGAAGAGAAGCUGAGUCAAGAAUUGGAAAAAGAGAAGGCCAUGUACAAAGGCAUGUUUUCCUCCACGGUGAAGAGUACCUCUGGUGAGGAUUAACCAAGCAAACAGAUCUGGAAUAUACUGGCACCUCAAUUUGUCACAAGCUCUCCUGAAAGACUGUUCAGCCUCAAUGACAAAACAAGCAGGAGACUGUUCGUACCGGUCAUCAGUGACGACACAUCAUCUCCUGUAGGCAUUUGAGGGCAGCACUGUCUGUGCAAGUGACAAAAAAGUAAGAAUUCUGUACAACAAAGAAUGCACGGGUGUAGCCAAGAAAAAGGUUACACGGCUUAAAAUAGAACACUUGUGAAAAGUCAGUUUCCUAGCAACAGGGAAGCUUUUUUUUUUUUUGAGGGCAGUGCAAAAUAACUGCAACUGAAACACUU